AUGUCAAAAAGAAAUAGUACUUCAAUUGAAGAGCGUGAAUGGUCUUUUGAUAGAGAAAGAAUUGGUAAUGCAGGGAAAGGAUUUGGAAAUUUAAUGAAUGAUAAUGGAAAGCAAGAAUCCAUUGCUGAUUUGAUUGCAAGUGAAAAGGAUGAAGAUGUAGUUAAAUUGGCAAAAUUCACACAAAGACAUGCAGAUCAAAUGAAUAAAUCACGUUUAUCUGUAAUAGAACAUGAGAAAUAUCCCAAAGAGAAUAAUAGUUGCUCUAGUAAACAAAAAGAUGACCAAUUAAAUAAUGAUGAUUACAUUUUAGAAGAGAAUCCAAUAGCCUCCUCUCCAAACGAUCAUCAACUUGUUCGUGCCACUACAGAACCAAUUCUACACAAUAAUACCAAUAAUUCAAAACGGCGAUUAUCACAGAUUUUUAUUCCUCCUUCAUCAUCAUCGCCAUCGUUGUCGUCGCUGUCACCACCUGCUGAUAAACAUGUAGUUGUUAAUUCAGAAAACAAUGAAAACCUUCUACAAAAAAGAUCAAAAACACUAAACGCGCAAAAAUCUCAAGAAAAAUUAAAUAAUAGCAUCAUAUAUACAAUUCAAGAUUAUGAUGAAUCCUCGGAUGCAAGGUUUAUGGAAAAUGAUUAUGAGAAUACAACAAGAAUAAAAAAUGUUUUGGAUGAUAAUUUUAUAAAUGAUAAUAGCUCUAGUAAAGAUGAUGAUUCCAUUUAUACUUCCAUUGGUUUUAGUAGAUCUUCUUCAUUUUCAACUAGACAUUCUAUGGAUGAUUCAAUAAAGGUAUCAUCAAAUUCAAUUAUUAUCGAUAUUGAAGCAACCGAUAAUGUUAUGGAAUUUGAUGAAAAUGCGAAAGAAAAUAGUAAUGAUGGUCCAAGGUUAUCUGGAGAAACAAUUCUUGUUAAUACUGAUAUACUUCCUAAUAAACUGAUUGAUUUAAUCUACACAUAUCAGGAGAAGGGGUUAAUAUCUCCAGCAGAAAAAAAUGAAAGAUAUAUUGAGCUAGAUUUUGGUUUGAAUGAAGUUUUCAAAUUCAAAAGGUCGAUUCAUCACGGAGUGAAUUCAUUAAAUUUGGAUGUUUCACUUCUUGGAGAUACAAAUAAAGAUUAUCAAAGCUUUGUUCAACAAGAAAUAGAUGAAUCGUUGCGCAGAUGUGAUACUUAUAUUCAAGAUGCAACUAAAUUCUUAGAAACAUAUAGGGAAAAACUUUCUGUUAAGGAAAAUGCUAUACAAAAAAAUGAUUAUUACUCAUUGGAAUCAAAUAAUUUUAUAAUUGCUAAACAUUCUAAAACAAAAGGUCAAUCUUUAUAUGAAUUAAAAGAUAGUAUUGAUAUAGGAGCAAAUUCUUUAAAUGAUAAGCUUGAUAAUAUCGACAAUGUCUUUUCAAAAGAAAUGAAAGAAAUGACCUUUGAUGUCAAUAAUGAUUACUUUCAUGAGUUGAAAAUACUUGAAGACGAAAUUCAGCUUUUAGACACUGAAAGAGGAAAAUCAUCUUGGGAAGAUUAUUUUUAUUUGAUAAUGUCAUAUGUUCUUACAGGUUAG